AUGGCCGCCGGGGAGGAGGAUGGCCGGCGCGGAGAGGCGCCGAGGCCGCCGUCAAGCAUUGCCCCUGCCACCGCCGUCCAGGGCCGCCCCGAGCGCCGUCGCCGCUGUCCCAAGCUGCCGGCGAGUGCGGCCCCCACCCUCGCCGUCCCGAGCCGCCGUCGAGCACCGCCCCCACCCCCGCCACCGCCGUCCCUGGCCGCCCCCGAGCACCGCCCCCGCUGUCUUGGGCCGCCAGCGAGCGCCGCCCCCGCCCUGUCCCGCGCCACCUGCUCUGCACCACCGCCGGCGGUCCCGCACACCACCCCAGCUCCCGCCAAGAGCUCCGCGCCGCCCCCACCGCUUGCUCUGCGCCCCGCCGGUGGAUCCGCUUCGCUCCCGCUCCAGCUCGCAACUUGCUACUCGAGGAGCGAGGCCGGCGGAGCUCGAAGGGGGACGAGGCCGCCGCUGGCGGGAGAGGAGGGGCCCGCCUACGGCCGUUCCUCCCCGCCUCCUCCCACGCCCGGAUGCCGCUGUGCGGCCGCCGACGCACACCGCGCGCACGGCGCCGCCGCGCGCGUGAGCCCGAGCUCCGCGCGCCCGACAUCGACACCACUGGAGCAGGGGAAGGGCGAGCCGCCGUCGCCUCCGCACCGCCCGCGGCGCUCCGGCCGGCCUCCCGUGCGCGCACCUCUGCGGCCUGCCUCGCCGCCGCUUGGCCUGCAGCGCGCUCCGCCUGCCGUCGCGCUUGGCCACCGCGUGCUCCGCCCGUCACCGCGCUUGGCCCGCCGAGGCCGCUCGUCUCCGCCGCGCCGCACCGCGGUCGGCCAGCCGCGGCCGCUCCUCUCCGCUGCGCCGCACCGCGGUCGGCCCGCCACGGCCGCUCCUCUCCGCACGGCCGGCGCGGUAGGGAGGCCGGAUCUCGCGCGGGCUCCACCGCUGCGGCCAUGGUCUCCACCGUCGUGGCCGAGCUUGCCGGCAUAG